AUGCCUGCAUUGACCCUACACCUACUAGCCUUCAAAGAUCAAAGCUACGAUGCAAGAGCAUUCGUCGCCAAACUCCACAGCUACCCAUCGGUCAAAGUUGUGGUGGCAUCGCGACCACGUCAUGUCGUCGUUCAACCUACACUUCUCGACGCGAAUCAAUUACUGACUCAGAAAUGGGAUCUUAUGCUUCUGCUACAGCCUACAGGCGGACAGUCUCAGGGAGAGUCUUCUCUACUCCCACCCGAAUUACAAGAUGUGAUCCUCACUGAAUAUCGCAUUCUUGCGGGAAUUCCAUCAAAGCUAUUAGCCAACUUCCCCGAACGAGAUGCACAGUUGAAGAAACAGGCACCGCCGCCGUUGACGGGAUCGUUGAGCAAGAUUCGAAGUCAGAGUAAAGAGAGUUCCCAGUCACUUGAAGUGUCGCCGGAGUUAUUGGCGUUUAUGGAUAGGUUGACUUUAGAGCAUGACAAGCCGGUGACGAUGCUUAACCUGCUUCAUUUUCAUCAUCCGGAUGGGAAGAAGAACUAUUUCCAGUACGGACAAGCAUUCAUCCCUAUCGCUGAGAAACGUGGAGGUAAUGCUAAAAUUGUCGGCAAUGUCGUUAAGCCUCCUGGCGAUUCAGCUUUCUUGAAUGACUCGCGUGGUAGUCCAGAUAGGCCGCAGCAGGACUGGUGGAAUGAGAUAUCUAUUGUGCAUUAUCCUUCGAUCCGGCAUUUUUGCGACAUGCUGGCUGGGGAGGAUUAUCAGGCCAUCAACGAGAAGUAUAGAUUGAAGGCUCUUCGCGACACUUUCUUGCUGUGUACUACUGAGUUUGAUGUAGAAGAUGAUUCGCGUGCAAAGCUAUAG